AUUCUUUUUUAUGUUUUUUAAAAAACAACUGUCUGUCUCUCAAUUAAUGCAUUUGAACUACACUCGUUCAGACGACACCAUCUCUGUAUCUGUCUCUCCCUCACUCUUCCAUUUCUCUACUUCUAUCUGACUCUGAAAUCUGCAAUUUCUCUCAUCAAUCUCUGCAAAAUCUUAAUUAAUUUGCUUUUCUCGCUUUAUCUUACUGUGAAAGCCGUAGCCCUUCGAAAUUGCUUGCAUUUAUUGGAGAGCAAGAGAGAAGGGAGCAGAGGAGAGGAUCCUGUUUUCACUCUCAUUGAUUACGUUUGCAGAUGGACAGAGUUCCCCAUUUGUCUCAUUUUAUCGAUUUAUAGAAGAAGUAUAAACCUUUUUCUCCAGAAAAUGGGGGUUGAGAAAGAAGGCUCAAAAAAUGGAGGAGGUUAUGUAGGUGGUUUCUUCCAGCUAUUUGACUGGAAAGCAAAAUCCAGGAAGAAAUUGUUCUCAAGCAAGUCAGAUUUACCAGCUCGUUCAAAACAAGGAAAGAGAAGUGAUGGGAACUUGCCAAUGACUCGGUUUCAUCUGAUGGAUGAUGAUGAAAUUGGAGUGGGAUCGAGUAUUAGAGGAGGCAGUGAUUAUAGUUGUGCUUCAUCAGUAACAGAUGAUGACGGAUGUGGGGCAAGGGCUCCUGGGGUAGUAGCCAGGCUUAUGGGAUUAGAUUCUAUGCCAACAUCCAGUUUUUCUGACCCUAGCUCGACCCCAUUUUUGGACACCCAAUCUCAUAGGGAGUCUUCUCAACAGAGGAAAAAUUUUGAAUAUUAUCAUGACCCUCAGAUCAUGUAUUCUGAAAAUCUACUCAAUAAGGAGGAUGGCCCUCCCCGGAACUUUCUGGACUCAAAGCCUCAGAAGGUGUCAAGCAGACCUAUUGAAAAAUUCCAAAGUGAAGUUUUGCCUCCAAAGUCAGCUAAAACAAUUCCAAUCACUCACCAUAAACUCUUGUCUCCUAUCAAGAGUCCUGGCUUCAUUCCAAGUAAAACUGCUGCUCACAUAAUGGAAGCAGCUGCAAGAAUUAUCGAGCCUAGCCCACAAGCUACUGCAAGGGCCAAAAUUUCUGGGGUUGGAUCUUCUUCAGUGCCCUUGAAAGUUCGUGAUAUUAAAGAAAGACUGGAGGUUGCACAGAAAAUGCCACUGGUUGGGUCCUCUUCAGCACCUCAGAGAACUCGAGACUUAAGAGAGAAAGUGGAAGCUACUAAUAAAACACCCAGGCUUGCUGAAGCUUCUCGGAGACCAGUCGAAUCAAACGCUGCCAAGUAUCUCAAGGGUCAGUCUUUGAACAAAAGCUGGAAUGGUUCAGUUGAUACAACAUCUUUCAGGGCUUUGCCUGAGACAGAAGAAGGUUCUUCUGGUUUGAAAAACAAAGGAAAGUCCAUUUCACUUGCAAUCCAAGCAAAAGUCAAUGUUCAGAGAAGAGAAAAUUUGAAUUCAAGCAGCACUCGAAGCUUGGUUAGCCAGAAAGACCAAGGUGAGGUCAUGUCUACCCAGACCUUCAAGAGCCAACCUAAUACUCAAAAGAGUAUGCCCAAAAAACCUUCUAUGCAUAAUGCUUCUGGUGUGCUGAGGCAGAACAAUCAGAAACAAAAUUGCCUUAUGGAUAAAGACAAGUCUCCAAAGUCAUCAGUUUCCAACUUGCAAGGUAGAAAGACAUUAUCUGGGAAUUCUUCUUCUGUGCGGCAAAAAACUUCAGGCAAAAAUAUUGGCUCAAAAGCUGGAACUAGGAAGUUAGGCUCAGAUGUAAAAGAGAGUGAGAAGGGACAUUCAAAUUACAGUACAAAGCAUACUCCCAGGAAGAAGAGAUCAAUUGAUGGGAACUUACAUAUUGAGAAAAAUCGGGUUGAUAAUAUGUUAAUUGACAACAAUCUGAAGGAAAUUGAAACCGGUCCAUCCAUUGACAGGCACGUUAAUUGGGCAGAAGAAAGCAAGAGGAAAGGCACGGAUGUUGUUUCAUUUACAUUUACAGCUCCCUUGAUGAGGUCUAUGCAUGGUUACGAAGCAUCUGGUCAGGUGGUACAUAAAAAAAGUGGUGCUUGCAUGGAUAAUCGGGGCAAGAGGUUGUUGCUUGACACAGAUAGUAUUAAGCUGUCUACAGUGGGAUACAAUGUGAUAGGGGGAGAUGCUUUGAGUACUCUUUUGGAGCAGAAGUUGAGAGAAUUAACCAAUAGCGUAGAGUCUUCUAGCCGCAAUACUAUCAAAACAGGAUCUGCUUUGACUUCCUCAUCGUUUUUGCAAGAUCUGGCACCCACUCUUAACACAAGCUCUACUCCCAGAUUGCAUGAUAACAAGGAUCAGAAUAUGCUGCUGGUAGAUAACUUGGAUAGCAGAUCUUCUGAUGUAUUCUCAACUGAUCCUGGAGCAUUCAGAUUUAAACACAUGUUUCAGGAUGUUGAUGAGAUGGAAGAAUGCAGUACCAAAUCGAUUGAUUCCAGAAAGCAGAUUGACUGUAGGCGUCCUAGCCCAAUCUCUGUUCUUGAACCGUCCUUUUCUACUGAAAGUUGCAGCUCAUUAGACAGCACAGACUGUAGCAGUUCUGAAGGAAUCAAACAGUGCUCAUCUAUUCAAGCUCAGGAAAUUCCUGGUUUGAUUUCUUCAAAGAAAUUUCACUACAUUGAUGCAGAUACAGAUUUAUCAGAUUCUGCUUCUUCAACAUCUACCGGCACUGCAGCUGGAAAGUCUGCAAAUGCAUUACCUAUGAUGGAUCUAAGAUCAAACAGGUGGGAAAUAGCAUAUGUGCAGAUGAUGCUCUACAAUCUGGAAUUUAUGUUUCAGGACUUUGCAGUGGGUCGGGUUUCUGAGAUCAUUAAACCUAAUCUCUUCAACCAGUUGGAAACUCAGAAAAAUGGACUUGUUCAUGAUAGCAUUGAGGCUAGGCUGGAAAGGAAGGUACUAUUUGAUUGCGUAAAUGAAUGCUUGGACAUAAGAUGUAGACGGUAUGUUGGCUGUGGCUAUGAAACAUGGACAAAAGGAGUCACAAUGGUGCGAAGAAAAGGGUGGCUAGCAGAAGAAGUGCUGAAGGAGAUCUCAGCAUGGAAAGGCAUGGGAGAUUGCAUGGUAGAUGAGCUAGUAGACAAGGAUAUGAGCAGUCCAUAUGGAAGAUGGCUGGACUUCGAAGUUGAUGCAUUUUCACUUGGAGCAGAAAUAGAGGGCCAAAUAUACAGUAGUCUGCUUGAUGAAGUGGUGGCUGAUAUAUUUGGUUGUUGAUGCCUACUGCUGAUGGAGUUUGUGCGGUGAUUUUAGGGGUGCGAAGGAAUGCCGAAAUUGAUGCUUUCAUGCAGGGAUUGGAGGUCGAGGAUCAAAUAUCUUUCAGUUUCAUUCUUUGAGCAUGGCUAUUUUUCCACCUCCAAUACUUGUUAGGUCCCCUGAAAUUUGUUAUUGGGGUUUCUUGUACUUGUGAUAUAUUUAUUCUCAUUGCUCAAGUUAUUGCUUCAACAUUUGUUACAUUGUGAAUCAGGGAAAUGUUCAUAGGAUUUAUCAGUGAAAUCACUAUAAUGAAAGGCCGGAGAAGCCACUUUCAAAGGACUA